AUGAAUUACCUACUUUUAUCUGAUUAGCUUGAUUAUUAAUAUGAUUGUUUAGAAUUGGAAAAUGAUUAAUGGACAAGUAUUUCAAUAUUGAAAGGCUUUCCAUAAUAUAUUAAAAUUAGGAUUCAAGAUUAUUACCCUUUGAAAAUAUUUUUCAAUGUAGGAGCCUUUAAAUGCAAUAUAUAUUUUUCUUUUUAAACUUCAUAGCCAUCUGAAAAGAAUCAUCAGAAACACGUUGUUAUAAAAUAAUAAAAAAUAAUUGUAAUUAAGAGACCAGAAGAACAGAAGAAUUAUUUAUAUUUCUCUCUCUUAUCAGAUUAUAGUACUUCAAUUAAGCUUAAAGCAUGGUUUUAAUGUAAAAUAUUAAGUGUUAAAAUAAUAGCAUCCCAAUAUGACAGAUGUUAUUUUCUUUGUUAUGAUGGAAAAGAAUAAUUUAGAAUGAGAAGUGGUUUUUAAAAUAAUAAUAAUACAGAUGAAGAAUCUAUUAAUACCAAUAAAAAUAAUAUUACUUCUGUAAAUAUAAAAAGUGCUGAAAGAUCUUUAAUAAAUGAAAGUGUUCCUCCUAUAAAAUCAUUUAGUGAUAAUCGUAGAAUCAAUUCUGUAAAACACAGAAAUGAAUAGAUUUCAUUAAAAAAUAAAAUAUUAUUAGUUUAACAGAAAAAGCUCGAAUUAUUAUCAUAAAAUGUAAUUAAAAAAUACUAAAAAAUGUUAGUACAAUCUUAUAAAUAAUUAAAUUAAUCAAGAAUGAUGAAAAAAUACAUUAAUUAAUGGAUAAUUAAUCUAAAUGUCUUAAAGUUUAUUGAAAUGCUUUAUGCUCAUUUUAAAAUCAAUAAAAUAUUAAGAUGUAUGAAUAAUUCUCCUAAAUAUUAUACACAAAGAUGGAAAUAAAUGAAUGAAAAAACUUCAUCUUUAAAUAUGAGAGUAUUAAUGCAAGCUAAUUUAACUCUAUCAAUUUUUUCAAAAUAAUUAAAUGAAAAAAUUUCAAAAUAAAUAUCAGAACUUAUAUUAAUAACUUUAAAUGAUACUCUUUUUAUUAAAAAACAAGCUUAAUUAUAAUAAUCUUUUAUGAAUUUUUACUUAAAAGUUAAACAAAUAUAAGAAUUUUAUUUUACAUAAAGAAAUAAAUUCUAUCUUUAAAUGGAAUAAAUGAUUUAAAAUAUUAGAUAAUAAUCCCCAUAAAUUCUUAUUUCUAAAUAAAGAAUGAAAAGAAUUAUGUUCGAGUUUUAUUAAUAAUUGUGUACUAAACAUAAAUAAGAAUAUUAAAGAUUUUUGGAGUUGGAAGUAUCUAAUGUUACCUUAUUAACAUCAGUAUUCGCAAUAUUUUCAAAGCCAAAAUUGAAUAUCAUGAAGAAUCAAAUAUUAUUGCUCUAAAUUAUUGAACAAACCAAAUGA